AUGGCGUGUCAGGAUCGGCACGUUCAUGCGACGUCGGAGGAAAGAAUACGACUACCACUUCUUUUGGAGGAAACUUCACAACCUAAUGAAAAAGCCAAGAAUGCUGAGCCACCCAAAGAAAACAACAAUCCUGAGUGUAACAUCUCAUCUCGCACUGGCUCUUCUCCCGAUGCGAAUAGUUUUCCAAGCAACACGGCCCGUCAGUCUACAUCUUCUGCUCAAACAGGGCCUUCACGUGACGUCAACAAUGGCAAAGGUAACGUAAGCUCACCGACUCUCUCACAAUCUGACGGCCCAAAGUGUGAUACUGUCAGGGAGAGUGGAUUCCCAUGCGAUGUAAACAACCCCGGUCAUAACGAUGUCUCUCACUCUGAGUCUUCAUGUGCUCAAAACAGUGGUUCUUCAAUUGAAAAAGAGACCAACCCUGUCCCUGGUACCACUGACGUGACAAUUUCAGUUCCCCGACCCUGUGUAGAAGACGUCAAGGAAAGGAAAGAGGACCAAUCAUCUGACCUAUCACCUAAACACAGGCUAGAUACCACGAAAAAUACCAACCAAAGAACAUCAUCUAUCAGGGAAGUAAAGGAGUAUCAUGAUUCCCCGAUCUAUCCGGUCCUCGGAUCAGGGACAACCAGUGGUGAAGCAGAUGAAACUAAAGGGAAUGACUGUCCAGACAUGACCAACAUACUUCUAUUGAGAUCCGGUGAUGUAGAACAAAACCCUGGCCCAAAUGAUAAACCUGGGAACCUGACCGACCUCGAACUAUAUCUCCUUGCUGACAGUAUGGAUCCAUCAGAUUUCAGGAAGGUCGGACUAGCUUUGGAAUUCACUGAGGCUGAACUAAGUCGGUUUGAGAAAGAUCAGAUGGGCAACACUCUGUAUGCUAUCUAUAAGAUGCUUUACGAAUGGCGGAAGAGAGUACGUGAUAGCGAGGCGAGGGAGGCGUUGGUGGUCACGUUACAACAAAUUAAGCUGGUACAGCUUGCUGAUAGCGUACAGAAAGGUCAGGUUGGUGAUCACAUACCGUCCAUGACAGAGAAGGAAAUCCAACGGGUUGCUGAAGAGGUCAAACACUAUUUGGCAAUUCAUCUAUGCCAGAUUCAAGCCGAUCCACUGAACAGUGAACUUGUACUUGAAUUCAAACGUAUCUUCACCAAUCUAACGUUGAUGGAAGAAGACAAAGGUACAAAACUCAAGACACCGCUUCUCUACGAUGACCUCCUCAGGACCAAAGUCAACGGAACCUAUCCCAAACGCUUGUUGGUAGAAGGUGAAGGUGGUGUAGGAAAGACCACUUUUUGCGCCAAGAUCGCUUGGGAUUGGAUCCACGGAAAAGCCUACCAAGAUUUCAAACUGGUUCUUGUCAUCCUCCUUCGCAAGACAGAGGGCAAGACUGUUGGAGAGAUAGUGAAGUCGUAUCUUUCUGACAACAAUCCCGUCACAGCCAAACAGCUAGACAAGCACAUCCUCUCAAAUCCGGAUGACGUUUUUCUUGUCUUGGAUGGCCUAGAUGAGUUUGCUGUCGAUCUUGACAGCAAUCAGCAAAUCGCCCUGAUCACUCUCAAUCAUCUGUUCAAGUCAGGGACAGUACUAAUCACAUCGAGACAAUGGAGAUCAGAUGAGAUUAGGAAGAAUGCCGAUCUCAGAAAGGUGUUUGCUUUCAUUGCUGUAGAAGGUUUCUCUGCUGAAAACCUCUCUUCUUACAUCACCAAGUUCUUUCAUCCAGAUGCAGCUUCCUCUGAAGAUCUGAACCGAUUCAUAUCGAACAACGAUGUGAUCAGAGAGAACAUGGCUCCCUACCCCAUAUACACAGCCAUGCUGUGUAUCAUGUGGAAAGAGUUUGAUGGAGAGCGCCGAGAGGCAAUGUCCAAGCUGCAAACAUUUUCCCAGCUCUUCAAUCAGAUGAUUGACUUUUUGGUUGAUCAUCACCUAUCGAAGCACAUUCCAUCUUUAGGUAUUGUUGGAGGCAAAUUAAGUGAGCAUUGUUCAGAUAUUCGUCAUCACCUGAUUCACAUCGGCCGCAUUGCCUUCCAGGGGCUUCUCGAAAGACGGUUAGUAUUCACAGAAGAAGAGUUUCAGAGCUAUCCAGAGUCCAUCGAUGUAGGUUGUAAAGUUGGUGUACUCACCAGAGAGAAGAAAAUUCUUCCGAGGCGAGACAGGAGAAACACUCCAAAUUCAGUAGUCCAAUCGGUGCAGUUUCCCCAUAAGCUCUUCCAGGAGUAUCUAUCAGGAAUGUAUCUUGCAUCCCUUUAUCAGUCAAACCGUAAUGAGUAUUACAGGUUGAUAGCGAAUAUCAUAAAGGAAGCAGUGGAAUACCAGUACCUAUUGUACUUUACUUCGGCUCAGCAGAAGGAGGUCGGCUUGGAUAUCAUAUCUCGUCUCAUAGAGUCAAAAACAAAGCGCACACAGGGCCGUAUUGAUGAUGACUUCAUCGUAGAUGUAGCAUAUGAGAGCCAAGACCAAGAAGUGACCAAAGCCGUGGCGGAUCAUCUAUCGACUACGUCCAUAAAGACACUGAAGAUCACCAAGGAGAUGCAGGCACACACAGUAUCAGGGCAUACUUUCAUCAUGAACCAUCGUAAAGUGCAAUUGUGUAUCCGACAUGAUGUCGUACUAUUACAACAGAUUGAGACUCUUAACAUUCACUCUGGUGAUCUCAGUGAACGUCCCUAUGCAUCACGUGAUCUCGCUCAGUUCAUCUGUAAGAUGACUCAUCUGAAGAAGCUGACACUCAACGGUCAGUAUCACGAUGACUUCUACUCAACAUCGUCAUCGAUUGCUUCAUCUGCAAAGAUUGAGACUCUUGACAUCAACUCUGAUGAUCUCAGUGAACGUCCCUCUGCAUCACGUGAUCUCGCUCAGUUCAUCUGUAAGAUGAUUCAUCUGAAGGACCUGACACUCCGCGGUCAGUGUCACGAUGACUUCUACUCAACAUCGUCAUCAAUGGCAUCUUCUGCAAAGAUUGAGACUCUUUACAUCGACUCUGAUGAUCUCAGUGAACGUCCCUCUGCAUCACGUGAUCUUGCUCAGUUCAUCUGUAAGAUGACUCAUCUGAAGGACCUUAUACUUAUUGAGACUCUUGAGAUCAACCCUGCUGAUCUCAAUGAACGUCCCUCUGCAUCACGUGAUCUCGCUCAGUUCAUAUGUAAGAUGACUCAUCUGAAGGACCUGACACUCUGCGGUCAGUGUCACGAUGACUUCUACUCAACAGCGUCAUCGAUGGUAUCAUCCGCAAAGAUUGAGACUCUUGCGAUCUACCCUGUUGAUAUCAAUGAACGUCCCUCUGCAUCACGUGAUCUCGCUCAGUUCAUAUGUAAGAUGACUCAUCUGAAGGACCUGACACUCUGCGGUCAGUGUCACGAUGACUUCUACUCAACAGCGUCAUCGAUGGUAUCAUCUGCAAAGAUUGAGACUCUUUACAUCAACUCUGAUGAUCUCAUUAAACAACCAUCUGCAUCACGUGAUCUCGCUCAGUUCAUCUGUAAGAUGACUCAUCUGAAGGACCUGACACUCGACGGUCAGUAUCACGAUGACUUCUACUCAACAUCGUCAUCGAUGGCAUCAUCUGUAAAGAUUGAGACUCUUUGGAUUUACUCUAAAGAUCUCAAUAAACGUCCCUCUUCAUCGCGUGAUCUGGCUCAGUUCAUCUGUAAGAUGACUCAUCUGAAGGACCUGACACUCGGCGCUCAGUAUCACGAUGACUUCUACUCAACAUCGUUAUCGAUGGCAUCAUCUGUAAAGAUUGAGACUCUUUGGAUCUACUCUGCUGAUCUAUGGAAACGUCCCUCUUCAUCACGUGAUCUUGCUCAGUUCAUCUGUAAGAUGACUCAUCUGAAGGACCUGAUACUCGGCGGUCUGUAUCACGAUGACUUCUACUCAACAUCGUCAUCGAUGGCAUUAUCCGCAAAGAUUGAGACUCUUGAGCUCAACUAUUUGAGUCUCAAUGAACGUCCCUCUGCAUCACGUGAUCUCGCUCAGUUCGUCUGUAAGAUGACUCAUCUGGAGAAGCUGUCACUCGGCAGUCAGUUUCACGAUGACUUCUACUCAACAUCGUCAUCGAUGGCAUCAUCUGCAAAGAGUUGUACCACGAGCCCCAACCUGACUGAGCUGACAGUGGAUACUAGCACACUAGAAGUAUGGCAGGAUUGUGGUUCGAUGUUUGAUAGUGUGAAAAGGGUCACUAUAGAGGCAGAGAGAACGAUCAACUGUGACGUCAUCCAGAGGAUCCAUCUACCAGGAGCAACAGAACUCACCAUUCAAACACAUGAGUAUGGUCGUCGACCGGCUGGUUUCCACGAGGAGCCCACUUCAAUACCCAAUGCCCUUCUGAAUAUCUCCCCUCAGCUUGUCAAGGUGACAUUCAGGGAUCUUGGCAUUGGCAACAGUAAGAUGGAACUGAUUGUACAAGCUUUCAGUUCACCACACAACCUCAAACAUCUGAAGAUUAUCAGAUUCAUACGAUGCGGGUCAGAUGAGGCCGUGGAUGAUGUCAUAAUUGCUUGCAAUAAAGAUCAGGUCAUGGAGGUGGAGGUGGAGCAUGGAAAACCGCGUCGUCUUUUAUUUGAUUAAUCGUAGAGAUGGCACCACACUCGAUCUGACGAAUCAGACGGAGCAGACAAUCUUUGCACACAAACAGGAAAUAUGGGCUGAAAUGAAAAGUGCCUCAAUCAUCAUCCCUUUUCUUUUACCAUUGUCAUGCAAUCGAUUUCAGUAUUCAUCCACUGAAUCACGUUGACAUUAAUAUGAUUUAGACGGAUGUGUAAUAUAUGCUUUACAUCGGUAUUGCAGCUCUUGUGAUUGUGAUUUUGAAUUCCCUUCAUAAUGUUACUCUUACUGUUCUUGCAUUUAAUAUACUUUAAAGGGUGAUAAGUGGAUUUACACGCUGAAAAUCUCAAACCUUGUGAAAGGGCCAAAAUGUUGUAAAAUAUCAUGAUUGAAAUUUUAUUAAAUGUACGAUGGAAAAAUAUUCAUUAUUAGAAAAGUAAAUAAGUAAUAAUUCUAUUCGAAUUUGAAUUGUGCAACUAGCAGUGCUUUACACACCACAUUUGCUAUGUAGAGAAUGUACACGAUAUUGUAUGUUCCUAGAGUAUAUAAUAAUAAUAAUAAUAACAAUUAUCUUUUAAAGUCCACUCCAAAUUUUAUUAAGUUAAA